CAGGAAGUUUCAAACAACCAAUUUAAUAAAAGUAUUCGAUACUUAGUAAUUUACUUUUAAAGCUGAUUUCUUAUUUUAACUUCAAGUGCUAACUUAACCCCUACUUACUACUAAAGAACUACAAUUGAGUAACCAGUAAGCCAAAUGAUCGGGAUUUAUUUUAUUCAUUGUUUUUUUUUGACAAAUUUCUGGUUACAUUUAGAUGGUUGAGAUGUCGGGAUCUUGAUUGCUGACGCUUAUCAGUUAUAAGAUGCGUCAUUGAUAUUCAAAGUUUAUUAAUCAAUUUUUCUCGUUUUUCACCGUAUGAAAUUAAACUUUAUUAUUAUGCAAACCUAUUAAUUCGUUAUGUAUUUCAACUUCAAUAUCUGUUCUGUUUGUUUCCUUAUUAUUUUAGAAAGUUCAACUAAUACUGGCUAUUGUAUUAGUAAGCUCUAAAAUUAUUCCUGAAUAAUAGUGACAAAUUCAAAAUGGUCCAAUGUUCUAAUCGUUCGAGUGUUAAGUGUAUUUCAUUUAAGUUAUCUCGUGUUCGAUUUGUCAGCAAACCAGAGACACAAUAUCAAGAAUUAAUUGUUACUGGUAGUUGGUUGGAAGAGGUGAAUCGUGUUUGUUUAUGGCAGUAUAGCAGUGAUCCUUCUGUUAAUAAUCAUAAUGAAACAGUUAAACCAAUAUCAGAGAAGGAAGAUUGUACUACUGCUGGUGUGCUCGGUGAUACUGUUGAUGAUCCACGUUUGUUAUGCUCUCUUGUUCAUCCGGGCUCUGUUCAAGAUUUGAAGGUUCAUCAUCCAAGUAAAGUGAUUUUUUCUGCCAGUUCUAAUGGUACUCUACAAUUGUUUCAAGUUUGUCAUGUUCAACCUUGUCUAGUUCGACUAUCUGCAACUAAUUGGAUGCCUUUUGGAGAGCAUAUUUUAUGUGGUAAUAUUCCAUCAGCUCUGUCUAGCUUAGCAAUUAGUACUGAUGGUCUACAUGCAUAUGUAAGCAAUGAACUUGGUCAAUUAGCUAUUGUUCAAGUAAACCGUAUUCCUAAUUUUCAGAAAACUGAUCAUAUCAAAUUUAAUAAUGAUGCAAUAUUAACAUCAGGAGCAGAUAUAUCUACAAUAAAUGCACUUGAACGUGUAGAUAAUUCUACCUUGGCUAGUGUCAAUCAAUUAGGUCAAUUGAAACUAUGGGAUUUACGUACCGGCUUGAAUAAACCACAACGUAGACUGUUACGUCCUGGAGAAACCCAACCUUUAUUAUGCUUGGGUCAACAUCCUGGACAACCUCAUCUUUUAUCUGUAGGUGGUGUUAAUUCCUCUAGUGCAGCUGCUUAUAUAUGGGAUUUACGAGCUGAACAAUAUCCAUUAACUGAAGUAGCCUGUGAUGGUCAAUAUAUAUGGGAAACUGCUUUUCAUCCACGUCAACCGAAACAUUUAUAUAUGGCUACGGAAACAGCUGGUUUAUUACAAAUUAGUAGUCGUGAUGAAUCAGUUUGACCGUAGAGAGAAAAUUCGUAUGUUAACCAGUUGGUCAACACAACGCACAUUCAGUAAAUAGACUAAGCGAGUGCUAACUCUAAGUGUACGGGAUACGAGGUGAAGAAAAUAAAGUUUUUGUGAAUCAUGUGGAUUGACAGAAAAUAUUUUACUUAUUUUCAGACACCCUUUAAAUAGAAAGCUAAGGACAGCCAAAUCAAAACGUGAUACCAAUUCAUGAAGUCAUUGACAACUGAGCUGAGUCGUGUAAAUAGAUGUAGAUUACCUAUUUGGGAUGCGUGUGAUCAUCGUAACUAAUUAUUCAAAAACUUGGGUGGCAUGGCUCAGAAUCUUUCGCAACGGCAUAGGUGCAUUCACUCUCUAUCUUCCGUGAGAACCUAAUUCACAAAAUCGCUUUUUACCUUUUUUUGUAAAUAACCUUUUCCAUUACUACGGAUACUGUUACUACUUUUACUACUAUGGAAUUUGUCUUAAUUCUAUCCCGUUGUGCUAAUGUGGUAUGGCAAUUUGAACCAAUGCAGAUAUCUGGCAGGUACUAUGUUGCACAUUACAUGACAUGUCAUAACAAGAAAGAAUUAAAUAUCAUAGCUAUAAUUUCCAAACGCCGUAAUGAUUAUGGUAAUAAGAUGUAGCAAAUCAUUUCAUAUCCCUACUCAUACUCAGUAAUACUUCUUCAUUGUUACAUGUUACGCAAACAAAAUAGUAGUUCUAAGUACUUAGAUAUGUUUGAGAUCAUAUUGCAGACAAGACUAUUGAUUCAUCCCGUUCCCGUUUCACAGUUUUAUUCCAUUGAAUCUAAGUGAGUACUAUCAGUAAUGCCUUGGUACAGCCGAGGGUGGGGAGAGUCAUUUCUCCCUCUCCAAGUGGUUUCGUAUGACCACGUGCAUAUAGCCACUCCCAGCGAAGUCCUACUCACUGUUUUCUCUCUGCGGUGUUAUUUACGAAACUGAAGGGAUGAAAAGCGAAUGUCCGGGGCUUAAACCGGGUACGAAGCAACCAUCUAGAGGGGAUUGGAAAACCCUAAUCUCAAACCAAUGGUGCACACGGGUUCCAGGAUCCUGAGGAAAUAAAUGGACCAGAUCUCCAAGUCAAAGGCUCAGGGAGUAGUCCCUUAAGGAAACUAGCUGUUUCGGUUUGGACAAGCAGGUAGUAUCUCAACCACUACACAUUUGUGUACCCUAUAUAUACCCCUUUGUACCAAUGUUUGUGCUUAGAUAAACAAGCUGUCAGUAAAUCUAGACCUCAUUGUUAAACCUGACUAUUUCACUAACCAAAGUUUGUGUUGAUAGAAUUACUUUUAACUUUUCUGAUAACUUGGUGUUUUAUCCAUAAUGUUACAAGAUGACACACAGAUCAGCACGAAGUAUCAAGCUUCUAUGUGACAUCAAUCUUGUUACCUUAUAUUAUUCAGUUCAUUUUACUAUGAUAUGCUAUUAAUGUUGUGAAUUCGAUUUUUUUUAAAACUACUCUGUAUUUCAAGAUUCAUGGGUUGGAUUCAAAGGUUCACGUCGUAAGUUAACUGUAUCAUCUGCUCUACCCGAAGACACAUCGGCUAGAAAUGUUAUUUCUUUUGACAUUUCCAAUAAUCUUCUAGUUUGUGGCCAUUCAGAUGCUGUUUUACAAACUGUUCCUUGUAGUGUGUAUUUGUAUUAAAUGUGGAAUAUUAUUAUUAUCAUUAAAAUGAGUAUUUUAUC